CCUCGCUACGCCUACUCAACUCAACCCUGCGAAACAACACUGAAGCCUCCACUCACCACUUGGAAAGACUUCAACAACUCUGUCUCACUAGCGCAACUCACUCGCUCCAGUACCACGCUCCGGCUUCAGCAACAACUCAUCUGGAAUCGAAGAAGAGCGCAGGAGAUCCGUACCACAACACCCCCCAUUCAUCUGACUCUCGCUUAGCCAACCACCCUCGUUGGAUUCCCACGCAAAACAGAAAGAAAAAGAGACAAGAAUCUAAAUCACCAAAACAGAUGUUGCCAUAAUCUCCUAAGACCUGCUCGCUUGCUUGAAACCUCGAAUCAGCCACAAACCGACGCCUCCAUUCGCUUUAGGUUUCCGGGUCUGUUUGGAAACACGCAACAAGCAAAACUUUUACAACACACGAUCGCUACCACGGUGAAGGAAAGGAGGAGAUUUGGAUCUGGAUUUUAGGGAAGAUCUUGGACAUUGAGGUUAUCACGACGACGCAACUGCGAACGACCUCGGCGCAAGCAACCGGUUACUCGGCAGGCAACACCGACUUGCUACUCCAGGUAGUCAACGCUCAAAGCACCUUGACUAUCGGCUUGUUCACUUUUGACAACUACUCCGAACUACGCUCGCUCUAGAUUGACCCUUCAGGAAGGCAACGUUGCAGUCUCAGUACCCGUCUUCGGUGUAAGGCACAACCUACGCUUCCUGUCCUCGUAUCAACCCAUUACGUUCGCUACUUCGACGUCAUCAGGGUCCAUUGUGUCUCUGCUUCUUAUCUUUCGCUUUAACUUUCCGACUGUCUUACUGUCACAAUGGCUGGUCCCGGCGGUGGUCCCCCUAGGCGCAGUCACACCAAGUCCCGAAAGGGAUGCGAGACAUGCAAGCGCCGCCACAUUCGUUGUGACGAAAGUUUUCCCCAGUGCCGCAAUUGCACCAAGCACAAGAUCCGUUGUCCAUAUAAUGACAUUCCUGUCGCUGAGGACCGGUCUACUUCUCCUGACAAACCGGAUCUUAUGUGGACGCCCGAGAUCGAGCUUGUAAUCGAGCAAUGGCAGCGAACUGGUCUUUUCCCGUUCCCGAACCUUAACAUUUACCCGACUCCGGCCCCUCAGUAUCUCAGCACAGACGAGUUGCGCCUGAUCCACCAUGUUGCCUCGAUCAGCAAUCAGAUGAUGGAAAUUGAUGCCAACGGCUUCACUUUGUGGACUCGGCAGAUCCCGACAAUCAUCAAGAUUGGUGCUACCCAUAACUAUGUCUUGCAUUCGCUGUUGGCCUUCUCUGCCAUGCACAUUGCGUACUUGACCGAUUGUCCAUUGGUCGGAAACAUGGCUUACGAGCAUCGGGGUAUCGCCUUGAAGGGCCUCCAGGAAGCCAUCGGGACCUUCUCGAAGGACACUUCUGACGCCAUCCUUGCCGCAUCUCUUGUUCUGUCGUGGCAAGCCACAGAUUGGCGAAGCUGGACCCAUCUCAUGCAGGGAACCUCAUCGGUCAUUGAAGCCAUGGACCCUUGGAAGCACGAGUCCCAGUUCGGUGAUUUCAUUGCCGAAAGCAGCACGUUUCCAACCGCUCCCCCGUCUCCUGCCCCGGAUCACAAGCCCAGCCAGCCGCGCAAGGAAGACCUUGACGCCUUUCAGAGGACUCUGCAGCAGCUCCAGAAGGUCGAGUCUCACCUCAAGCACAACAGGGAGGACACCAAGUCCGUUGCCCAGCUCAUCAGCUUCCUGAAGGGUGCUCGCAAGGUUAGCCCUACCUUGUCGGUAGCCCAACAGUUUGAGCGUUUGAGACCCCUGCGUACGUGGUUGUUCUGGCUUCCCGUCAUGUACCUGCAACAGACCCAUGGGUCGCCCAGUGCCUUGGUCAUCAUUGCUCACUAUUACACCGUUGCUCUGGUAAUGGAGCGCCUCUUCCCUGAGAUCGGCGCCGCUUACUUUGGAAGUUUGACAAUUGGCCCGGUUGAGGAGAUUGCACGUCGCCUGCAUUCCUUGAAUAUUUCUGGCCAACUCGCGGGUGAUUUGGCAACCCCUCUUGCAUUGAUGAACUUCCCUAUUGACACAGUCUCCGAAUUCCGGUCUCGCAUGGGGUGGAAUCAACCGAUCCGUACCCCGUCUUUCCCAGUGUUCGAUAACUUCUACGCAAGCGAAGGUUCACCAAUGCCCUUGUCCGCGGCGUCGUCGUCCGAGUACCUGCCAUACGGAGAGAGGCCGGCUUUCAGCUACAGUACCGAGAACUUGUCCGUCAUCCCGGAAUGCGGACCCAGCCCGGUCCAGAUCACGGCACCUUUUGGCCAACCACAGUACCUGAGCAUCCCGAGCCCAUCCUAUGGAGCAUACAGUCCCACCACGAGCACCUUCGGUGACUAUAACGACGCGGCUUCCGUCACCUACAGCGAUCCGGACGAAUAUCCCUCGUAUGACAUGGGCUUCUCCGCUACUACACCCAUGAUGGGCGGUGCCAGCCCCUAUGGUGUCGGGUUCGUCCAUCCAAUCCAAUCCGUGUGGACGGUCUAGGAUCUCUGAUCGCCACACCGGCCGCUGUCCGGCUCCGAAGAGAUGCAAAGGUUUAAUUAACAUGGCCAUCAGGACUCCCACAAUGCUAAGCUCAACGCCCACCUACCCGCCUCCGGACGACUUUGCCGUACUUUGGCCCGGCCCCCCACACAGCCUCGCCCCUUCUCCGCUCCUGGGCCCUGGACAAUACUCCACCAGGCUUCCGCUCCCCGAGUCGCCAACCCCAUCGAUGAUGUUCACACCACCCUCGAGCCAUGGCCACAGCAUCUCGAUAUCUUCUAUACCUUCGAAUUACCUAGAUGAUGACAACGUAACGGACGAAAGGCAUCAGCACAUCACAUCGAACUGAAUCUGGCAUUCGGUGUGCAUCUCUUUUCAGCAUUUUCUUUUUCGAUACAGACGCGAUUGCAUACCACGUUCCUUUCCAAUCACACCUGCAGCAUUUCAACGCAUUAUUAUGCAUCUUACACUCCUUUUACGACUGCAACGACGCUGCACUUAACAGCACACGACGCUCCUUAACGACACUUGUUUCAAUAACGCAUAUACACUCCUUUAUAUACCCAACGGCUGGAUCCCAUGACGAACUAUAGACACUCCUUUUUACGGAUCGACGAAUCGCAUAUAUACCCAACUCGUAGACAUUCCUUUUAACGACACUUGCAUCUCGACGACAUAUUCGGCGAGCUUUACACACUCCUUACGGACAUCACUGGAUGGUCAUGAUACCCAACUGCAAAGCGACUGUUGAUAAUGGUUUUUUGGUCCUCUCUGGACAGGGACUGGUAGUUUGUUUUGAGAGACAAGGCAGCACAUUGAUGUGUCUGAUCUUGGGCUCUCUGGAAAAAAAAGCGUGGCAUUCUUGGUAAUUGGUUCUUGAAUCCUUAGCACCGUCAGCGGUGCUACAGGUUUGCAUUGGGCGGCGUUUGUUUUGCUUUGACAUCCCUUGAGUGAGGUUGUUAUUACACCUCGACUCGAUCGAUCAUAAUACUAUUUUGUGGAUAUGAGAGGUUCUGGAAAGAGGGGGUGGAGGAUGAUAUGAUAGGCGACGGAUGAUGAGUUUCGCAGAUGGAGAAGAAGAAAUGUAGUAUUUCGAAGUGAAUGAAGCGAAAAGAAAGAGACAGGAUCUGUCGUUGGUUUGGAAUAUUUCCUUGAGCGGUGUACAGGUGAGCUGAGCUGGUCCUUGUUAAUGAAUGUGCUGGGUGUUAAUGUGGCCUUUAAUUUUGAUGGUGUCGAUCGAUUCAAGGUCGACUAUAUGUACUACCUCUAAGUAGACUAUGUUGACAUUUCUCUGGCUGGCGUUGCAAAAGAGACGGUGAGGACGACCAGGACAAUAUGGUUAAACAAGAUCUCACAGGGUCUGUUGUUACCUAAUCAUAAUCAUCGUUGUAUUACAAUAGCUGAGUUGUUCCAAAACUGGCCAUUUGUUCUACCCUUAGCAAUACCCUCGUAUAUAACGGAGAGAAGAGACACUUUCC